AUGGCGGUUGCACAUGCUGUUGCUGAAGCAGUUUGGAUACGCCAACUACUUAUGGAACUCCAGUGCCCCGUCGAGCACGCCACUAUUGUCUACUGCGACAACAUAUCAGCCGUCUAUAUGGCCUCUAAUCAUGUGCAGCAUCCCCGUACCAAGCACAUCGAGAUCGACUUUGUUCGGGAAAAGGAUGCUCUUGAAAAAGUUCGUGUUCUGCAUGUUCCAACAAGUGCACAAUUUGUAGAUAUUUUUACCAAAGGACUCCAUCCUACGUCCUUCAUCGACAUACGCUCCAGUCUCAACAUUGUGGCGCCCGAUGUUAACAAUGCGGGGGGUAUUAGACUGACCCUGCACGCCUUUGACCGAGACGGUGACCACCCUGCCCAGAACCAGCGCGCCCAGACCACGCCCAGAGACGCUCACCCGCGCCAGGACGCGCACGAUGGCAACCCUGGACGCGACGGAACGCCGCUGUGCCCCAUCGCCUCACGCCUCCCCUCACUCUGCCCAUGCACCAGUCGCCUCGACAUGACGCCAGCAGCCUCCCAGACAACCUCACUGGCCCGCGGGAACCCUGUGCACGACGCCAUGAUCGACGACCACCCGCCACUGCCGCCAGAGUGCGAGGACGAUGACGAGCGCCAUCGGUCCUCGUUUUCACCACAAUCACGCUCUACAGCUCCGCCAUGA